AGUUGCGUGGUUCGCUAGUUCGUGUUAGUUUCUUUUUAUUUAUGGCAGUGUAAGUGCAUAAGUGUUUAUAGUGUGUAAGGAAUGAGUGUUUAAUAAAUAUAAAGUGCAGUAACAAGUGUGAAGUCAAGUGUUUUCUAUAUUUGUGAAUAUAAAUCCGGUAAAAUGCGUCGCGCAAUUCAGAAUUGGUCGCGCAUCGUAGCAAAGAAAAUAGCUGUUAACAAAACAGUAACGAGUGUCGCCGUCGACUCGUUGUUGUGUUUUGUCUCCGUUGAAUAAGAGCGCAGAUUUCUUUCCGGCCAAUCGACUGAAAGUACUAAAUUGAAAUCUCAACAACAAUAAAAAUAAAAAAAAUAAAAGCAGAAAAAGCAACAAAACACGCCAAACCAAAAUCUGUGAAAAAAAAGAAAAGAUUUUUACUAUCCAAGUGGAAAAAAAAAGUGCGUGAGUGAAUGCGCUGUAAUUGAAUUUGCGGCGACGUGUUUACGGUUUUAUGAAUGUGAAAUGAAAGUAAAAUAUUGAAACGUUAAAAGCGAAAGCGAAACCAGCAAAAACAUAGAAAGAAGUCGAAAAAGAGAUUUCUGUAACUACAAUCUAACAACAUAGAACGUUAUAACAACAACAAAAAUUUCCAAAAAAAAUAUAAAGCCAGCAGUAAAACAGCAAGCUUAAAGCACGCACUAAUACAUAGCGGCAGUUGUUGUCAUAAGUUUUUUAUAUGGAUAAAUUCAUACUAAUAGCUGUUACUCAUACGCAGUGGCAUACACCACAACCAAGAGAGCGUAUAUGCAAGUGAGCAUAAAGUGGACGUAUUUUUGUUAUAGAACACUGUGGUUGCUGCUUAAAUAGAAAAAAUUCGGGUAGCAACACAUACAUGCAAACAUAUGUACAUAUAUACUGCGGAAUAUCUCUGAGGUGCAAAUUCAUUGGGGCAAAAUUUAAAAAAUCUCCAAAAUUUUUAUUCAGAAUUCCUUCACACAUAUAUUGUGCUGCAAAAACAAAGAAAACGAACUGCCAGCUCAGAACAAAUAAUUCAAGCAAUAUAUGGUAAAAAGUGGAGGGAGUGCGAAAUAACUGUAAAAACAAGCAAACAGCGAAUUUUAAGAAUUCCAACGAAUAUUUCAACAUCAAUGCAAAACAUACCGAACAAUUAUCUAAAACAACAAGCGCAGCGUGAACACAACCGCGGUUGUUUGUUUAAUUCUUGAAUGCUGGAUAAACAUGAAAACAUUGUUAUUCCUUUGUUUGUGGCGUGCGUAAAAAUUGCGGCGCAAAAAAAGGGUACUUUGAACUUUGCAUAAGUUCAGCAAGCGAAAUUUCGCAGCGCAACGAAAGUGAAGUGCCAGUGAAGGAUUAUAAAAAAUAGCGCUAGUGAAAAUUGUUGUUAGUGUUGUACAGCUAACCUAACCUGAAGCUCGCGGCGUUACAAUAGCAGCACAAACACGCUGAAAUUGCAAAAAAUAAAUUACAUAAAGUACUCACAAAAAUAAUAACUAAGUGUUAGUGCAACAAAACUCGCGUUAAAUUCAAUAAACUCUCGCGUGUGUUCUCUGCGGAAAUCGAAAAUAAUAAUGGCCGAACGCUGACGCAAAAAGAAUAUUUAAGAUUUAUAGCAGCCAGCAGUUAUACCAAAACUGACGAAGAAUUUAGUGAAAAUGAAAUAAAAUUAAUAAUACACGGAAAUCAUUUUAACUGCAAAAUUGUACAAAAAACAAGGAACAGCUUUGAGACUAAAGAUGGCGACAAACACUUAGGCGCGCGGCAAGCAGUCACAGCACAGUAAACCGUUAUAUGCAGCAGAGUGCCAGCCAGAGGUGCGUUCAAGUGUAACAAAUAUAACGGACCAGCGUCCAACGGCAUUGCCGGCAGCUGCGUGCAAAUACAUUUGCGUCACACAGAUGUUGCAACAACGCCACCUGAGCGAAUAAACAGGAAACGAGCAAAAGGAAAAAAAAACUGUAAAUGGUGUGGCACAGUGCUGUGCUGCGUGUGAAUGUGUGAAUGGGCGACUGAAUGGAGGAAAAAUUGCCAAUUCAGUUGCUCAAUAGCGAUCGCAAACAAUCGAAGUGAAACGUGUGCAACAGCAACAACAACAGCAACAAGAGGAGUAGUAGCAGGAGCAACUGUGCGUUGUUAAGUAAAGGGCGACAUGUGGCAUGCUACACAAAAAAGGCAAGGUUAAAAUAGCGCAACAAACGCAUUUGCAACAGUGUGGCAGCACGGCUGACACUAACGAAAACAAAUGAAAUAAUAAAAUUUCUGCAACAACAAAGCGACACGCGCUCAAACAAGCCCAACAACAAUAAACAAUUUAAAUGUCCAGCAAGCCAAACGCGAAGUGGCAACAAGAGAGAAAAGAGUGUACAAAGCUGGCGACCAACGCAGACGAACUGAAUACAAAACAGCGAAAGGGUAUCAAGUGCCGGCGGCGAGCGGCAGCUUAAAAGCAGCCACGCAUUGGCAGUGAUGUUGGAGGCGUUGCAUGGGCAGCAGCAGCAGCAGUGGCACCACAACUACUACUACUACUACAAAGGCGACGACGACGACGACGACGUCACACAGCGCUCGGUACCCGAGUUGCAAGCAAAUUCCAUCAAUUCUCGUCAACGGCGCAAAGGUAUCAGCAGUCAGGCCAGCUGCCAACGGAUAGGCCGCCAACAACGACACAAUACGCCAGUUUAUGGCAACACACAUGCCCCAGCAGCAAUCGAACGGCAAAUAAAGAAAGAGAACCAACAACAAAGGCAAAAACGACGAGGCAAACGACGGCAGCAGCUUGAACGGCACACAGUUGCCAAGAGGCGAAUUCGGUGCGGCACAGCCGUUCCGCAUGACAAACGACAGCAGCAGCAGCAACAACAACAACAACGGCAAAAGCAUUGCAUUGAGUCGCCGCAUGUUGCCACAUUAGUUUGCUGAUAUCGCAAGCAAACGCUGGUGUACUAUUUCCGGUCGAGCGCCGACAAGGACACACGUCCCGUCAACAACGGCAGGCAAAUAUACCUGCGCUAAGGUUACUCAUACGCAGUGGAGCGGAGCGGACGAGCAGCCGCUCUUGGUUGUGACAUAUCCUUCCUCUUUUUCUUGCUGCUUUUUUCGCUGUGCGCUUCUUGCAACUUCCUUCAACUGCUGUGUGUCGGCAACGCAUUUAAAUUGCCGGCUUACCGCACACCCACACUCACACGCCCACAAUAUCACCACUUCCUGGCAGCAGCAGGGCGUGUGCAAGGCAGUUGUUGCCAUUAACAGCAGCUAUAGCGGGGAAAUAUAUGCAACAGCAACAACAGUAAGCGCUAAGUUGUAGUGGCGUAGCAGCAAUACUAGCAACAACAGCAGUUACAAUAACUUUGAGCGAUAGUCAUUCGAUUGAAGCGCGCAGCAAGGCAAUCCCAGCAAAUAUGAGCAGAAAUUGUAUUGCAAUUUGCUUGUCAGUUUCUCUUGUGCUCAACAUUCUACUAAUGUUGUUGCCACAUGCAGCCAGCGAUGAUUGGUCGGCGAGUUGCGCCUCUAACUGUACCUGUAAGUGGACCAAUGGCAAGAAGUCAGCCAUCUGCAGCUCGCUGCAACUCACAACCAUACCAACAACGCUGAGCACCGAACUACAAGUUCUCGUACUCAACGACAACCAUAUACCCUAUCUGAAUCGCGAGGAAUUCACCAAUUUGGGUCUGCUGAACCUGCAACGCAUAUAUCUGAAAAAGUCCGAGGUACAGUAUGUACACAAAGAAACAUUUCGCAAUUUGAAAAUCUUGGUGGAAAUCGACCUGUCCGACAACAAAAUUGAGAUGAUCGACAAAGACACAUUUAUGGGCAAUGACCGCUUGCGUAUACUCUAUCUAAAUGGCAAUCCACUGAAGAAGCUGGUGGCUUAUCAGUUUCCCAUACUACCGCAUUUGCGUACAUUGGAUCUGCAUAACUGUCUGAUUUCAUAUGUGGAUCCUAUGGCUUUGGCGAACCUAAAUCUCUUGGAGUUUCUCUAUUUGAAGAAUAAUCUGCUCGAAAGCCUCAGUGAAUACGUCUUCCAACAUAUGACGAAUCUGAAGACACUUGUCUUGGAUGAGAAUCCAUGGCAGUGCAAUUGCAAGCUACGCAAAUUUCGUAACUGGUAUGUAAAGAGCAAAUUGAACAGCAUCAGUCUGCUGUGUAAGGGACCGCCGGCGCAGAAAGAUAAGCAGUGGGAGAAUGUGGAUGAAGAGCAAUUCGGCUGCAUGCCCAAAGUGGAGCUCUUCAACAAUGAGGAUGUACAGAAUAUAGACAUAGGAAGCAAUACGACGUUCAGCUGCCUGGUAUAUGGUGAUCCAUUGCCCGAAGUCACCUGGGAGCUGAAUGGUAAAAUCUUGGAUAAUGACAAUGUGAUCUUCGACGCAGAGUCGAUCUCGUCGGACAAGCUGUGGAGCAAUUUGACUGUAUUUAACAUGACAAGCCUGGAUGCAGGCACAUAUGCGUGUAUUGGUUCGAACGUGGUGGGCGUGGCAACACAAAAUAUCAGCAUAUAUCUAACGGAAAUUGUACAACAUGUGUUGGUGAAAACACCGGAGACCUUCUGGUACUUCGGCUUGAUCAUGGGCACAUUCGGCACAAUCUUUCUGCUCAUACUCUUCUCGUUUGUGGUGUGUCUGUGCAAACGCACUUCGCGACAGCGACGCCAUCCGAAGAAAUCCGGCGUAAAACCGAGUGUCAGCUUUAACGAUCAAGAGAAGAAGCUGCUCGAUUUGAGUAUAACAACAACUACAGCGGAUCGCGGUGACAGCUGUAUAAUGGACAACAAUACGACAACAACAAUGAGUAAAACAGAAUCGGUGAUCGGCUUCGAACCAAUCGAAAUACACGCAACGGAGAAUAUGCGCAACAAUCACAAUCAUCACCAGCUGACGCAUCAGCAGGCGCACCAGCAACAGCUACAACAUCAUCACGCGCACAUGGUAGGUGCAGCGGGCGGUGGCAGCGGCAAUGCUACACCAAACUCCUUGAUGGCGCCGAAUCGCCAGCAACUGAUGGCGGUUGCCGACGGUUCUUGCAGCGUGGUCGGUAUACCAACCUCAAUGGCAUCGGGUGUCGGUGGAGCGACGCAUCCGAGUACCAUACCAGAGGAGUUCCCGCUGAACGUGGGCGUCUUUCCGCCACCGCCGGAGUUUUGCUCCAACAUUGUGCCCAAUCCCGCGUAUGGUAAUAUCUUUAUUAGCGUCUCGGUGACGCAGGAUAUGCUGGACGGCGCGGAUAUCAGCAUGUAUCCCGACCUCUUGAAUAUACCGAAGCGUCAACUGAAUGCCGACGGCAGCACUGUGCAGACCGGCGUCAGUGUGACCAGCGGUACGGUUGGUGGCAAUACGAAUGCAACAACAACAACAAUGUUGCCAUCGGGUACAACAACGGCCGUGAAUGUGUCGUCGUUUGCGACGCUGCCGCGCAAUCAUCAACGCCGCGGCAUACUCAAGAAGGACUCAUCGCUGCAGCAUCAACAUUCACUGCAACAACAGCAACAAACGAAUUUGUAUCCACACGAUGAAAUCGUCUCGUAUCACAAUCUGGACACGACCUACAGUCAAGGCUAUCAGGAGCAUCAGCAACAGCAACAACAACAACAACAGCAACGCCAAGCAUAUGCCGCGAAUAUAGUUGGCUUACCGCCGCCACCACCACCACCUGCCACAGCAAACUUGUCAACACAGUGCCACCACAACCAGGCGGCGGCGGCGGCGGUGGCGGCUGCCAUCAACACCAAAGCCUGCGCGGCCUGCAUAGGCACGCUCUCACCACCACCGCCUUCCUGCAGCACACCGCCCACCGCAAUGGACGCCACACCGCUGCGACCGCUUUGCAAAGGCGGCGCCGGCAGUACAGCAGCGUCCGGCAAUGCCGGCUUAAAGUACGACAACAUGGGUCGGCGCAUAACGGCGAGCGGCAAUUCGACGCUCUCGCUGCCCGACGAGGCGGACGAGGAAUGCUUGGAGGAUGAGACACGUUUCAUGGAGGAGACGUGCAGUAUAAAGCAGGGACCACAACAACAAGACUGUCAACAACAAAAACCGACUGCGGCGAAUGCAACGACAGCGAGCGGUAAUUCGAAGUUGGUGGAUGCGGGUGGCGGUGCGGAGUAUGUGUCGCUGUAGUAUUACGGCACGCAGGUGUAAAUUAGUAGGCGUUGUAAGAUACACAGUUAUACAUGGAUACAUCUUUACGGUUAGCGAGAACAAGAGAGUGCUAGUAAGUACAUUUGCAUAGUCUAGUAAUUAGUAAGCAACAAAUUCAUCUAAUAUUAUCUAACGGAUAAGGGUCUCAUAUGCUAGUAACUAGUUCUCAUUUUUCAACUUCAUCUUCGUAAAGUAGAUCAUACAUAAAAUAUUACUGUUAUAGUAUUUAGUAUAACAAACAGCUUAAAAAAAAAAAACAUUUGCAAAUCCGUUAGAGGUGGAAAAGUAAUUGGAAAUAUUUUUCAUAAUAAUUUGCAACCCAUACUGCUGACUGAUCUGAGCUCUAAAGCUUCGUUCUCUAACGUAAUCUAAUUAUAUUCCUUAUACACUCAUACCUCAAUGCUGAUUCUUCAACGAUAAGUGGUUUGAGCCUAUCAGACAUUUUUUUAAGGUGGCUAAUUUAAAUUUCGGUUAUGUCUUCUGAUUCAAUUCGACGUCAGUCUUGCAAAGGCUGGACCAUGGAGAUGAAAUUGCCUUGAUGUUUUCACCACACCUUCUCCAUACAGUUUUGAUAACUUGCGUCCGAAAAAGUUUGUUUUAAAUGCCCAUUGAACAAUAUCUAGUAGGAAUCCAACAAUUGUGGCAAAUUCAACUGUGACAAGUAUUUCAAUAUAUCUCUUGCGAUCUGCUUUAAAGAUGUCUCAUUCGCAGAGAAGCAUCUCGUUGAUCAACGCUGCUUAGCGUAAGCAGAUCCAGUGUUAGAACGCAAGAUAUCAACGUAUGUAGUACAUAAGAAUUAUUUUAUACUCCAGUUUGAGCAGAGCAAGGAUAUUCUAAGAUCUCAAACCAAUACAAUGCGUUCUAUCGGACAAAACUGUGAUGGGUUUGAGCUAGAAAAAGCUAUGUUUAUAUUUCGUUUAUGUAAAUAUUUCAGUCGAAGGACUUUUUCAGUAUUUACCAUUUUUAUAUAAGGUAUAUAUCAUUUUCUGAGGAAGAUCGCUUCGAUGUUUUAUGUUAACAACUGUAGGCAUGCUGUACGAUAUGGUUCAGAAUUGUGUAGAUACUUUUGUAUUUAUCUUACUCGAGAUAUGGAGUGACUUGAUAUGACUUCAUAAAUCUGCUCUACAGAAGUCAAAUUUUGUAUUCGAUAGUUUAGAACCUGCUUUGAAUUCAUUAGCGACACUGUCAAAUUAGAAGCAAUUUUUCGAAUAAUUUACUUAUUGCCUACAUCGAUGUUAUAAUAUACUUAACGGUCAGUAGUUUGGACUCAACAGAAAAAAAUGUUCUUGUUCUUUCCAGUCACUUUGUUUGAUAUAAACAAUAUUCAAGUCAGACAAAUAUUCAAGCCAAAAAAGUUUAAGUCGAAUUAGGAUUACCUAAUAAGCAAAUGUUAUCUCUAUCUUGAACUUGAUGUUCAGAGAUUUGGGCAUAAGCUUAGAAAAUAAUUUAUGCCAAAUUUGGUAAAGAUAAUUUGAGCGGAUAUUCAACCGACAUGGUUGAACUGACUAUGGUCUUCAAGCUGAUCACUUAUAUCACAAACUUUAAAAGAGUUUAGAUAUCUUUGUUGUUAUUUCUUCAGCAGUAUUACAUAUAGCUACCGGUCUGUUAAUUUGGUCAUUAGACUUGGAUACUGCUCUCUUGUGAAAAAGAUUUAUAUAAACAUAACCAAUUGUCAGGGCAAAAUAGACCUAAGGUCGCGUAUUCCUCGCUUAUCAAUCAACGAUAUGCCGAAGUACUCUUAGUGCGACUAAUACACUGCAAUUUAUCAGUAGCUCGUUCGUUUUGUCACUCUGUAGUCACUGCUGAUUGCCGAACAACCCUUAUUUUCAUAUGGAAAUUCGUUCAAGAAUGGAUUUUGGUUUUCCGUGAUUAGGACUUCUUUUAGGAGAUAACCUAAACAAAACCAUAAAUAAACUGGUGAAGUUAACAGCUUUGACCGGUAAUGUAAAGUUGAACAUUUAACGCUUUUCAACGAAAUUUGAUGGAUUUCUCAGCAAUUAGUUAAAAAAUUCUAUAGCUUUUAAGCUUCUUUCUGAAGCAAGCCAUAUAAAAUAACUACCGAAAACUGUCAUAUAAUAUCAUAUAUCAUAUAAUUUUCAGGUAUUCUUCGAAUCGAAUUAUUCUUUUAUGAAAUCUUGUCCAGAAAAAUUAACGGCAGUUUCACGUUGCAUAUUGAGAGAUAUUUCGGAAAACUCUACCAACAUACAGUAAUAGCAAUUAUUUGAUUCCUCAACUCCAAAAUUAAUGGUAACUCAUUCAGUGCUCACAGUCAAACAAGAUUCUCAAUAAUUUUUCACUGUAAGGGGUUUUUGUUUAGGCAUGUGAUUUGCAAUGAAAAAUAAAUGCAUGCCGUUUAGUGUUAUUAUAAAGAUAGGAUUUACAUUAAGUUUUAAAACUGAUUACUUGAAAGCUAUCCGUGUCCAGCGAAGUUAAAUUACAUGAUGUAGGAGAGCUCACCACAGAUCCAUGCCCUCACCAUACAGCGCCUUCUUGUUGAAACCAAAGCUCGUUCACGUCAACAACCUCCAAUUCAGGUACGAAAAAUUUAUUCAUUUCAAAUAUAGUUGCUAACAUUGGGAUUGGUGACUAUCUCUUUUUGAAGCCAUUCACCCAACGUGUGACUCGCUUAAUGGUUGCUUUGCUUCAAUUAUUGCACGAGUUGGAUUUUACCAUAUAAGUCCUCAAUCCAAGAUCUUUCCACAAAGUCUUCUAUAAAGUGAAUAGACACAGCUUCUUUUGUUGUUCACAAUGACUGAUGAACUCCUUCGAAUCUUCCUCGAUACUCUGCCUCACAGCAGCAAUAGCCUGUUCAGUGCGCACUUAAAGGCGUCUCUGAUGAUGCGCAUUAUCCACUGAAGUUAGCAACUGAUCCAUGGUGGCUCCAAUUACCAGCUAAGCUGAGCGAUUAUGUUGACCGAACACUAGAUGGAGCGCGCAAUGCGCCACCGUCAUUGUGGUAAUAAAGUCCAACAAUUUGAAAGAGUUGUUCCAGGAUUAUUCUGUUCGUUACAAAAUGGCAAACAUAGCUUAGCAUAAAUCUUAUUGGAAAGCACACGUCUAAAGCACUCGUUGUUUUGUAUUUGAAGUAAAUAUUUGUAUAAAUUCGGUUAACAAAAACUGUAAGCAAAAAGGGGCCCACUAUUCACAGCUUACCGAUUUCAUUUGAGAGCAUGUUUUAGUACGCUAGUUUAGCUUCA